UACCACUCAGCCAGUGCGCGUGCGCGGACAUGGCGGCUUGCGCGGGAAUCUCAACUUUGACGUUUACACAUACCGCCAUUUUUGAUUCCGUAAUUUUUUAAUUACACAUUUGUAAUCUGAACUAAAUUAUUCCGGCAUAUUUUGGUGUUAUUAAAUUACAUUACAUUGUUAAAGUGAAUCGAAUUGCAAUUUAAAAUAAUAACAGGAUACAAAAUUAUUGACCUAUAAAUUUAAAUCGAGAUUUGCGUGAACGUGAUUGUGUUUCCGAACGAAUAUUCUUUUUUUGUUUUAUUUAAAUAAAACGAUAGUGAAAAGUAACAAACAAAAAUUCAAACAAAUUAAGUAUAUUUUACAUAAAUAAAUGUACAUGAGUAAUUUAAGAAAUCAUUACAAAAUGUGCGUUAUUUAAUAAUAAUUGCUAUUUAAUAAAUGCUAAAUAAUUAAUUGAAAGUGAAACGAAAUCGUCUUUCUUCGUAUUCGUAAAAAAAAUAAAGAAAAAAAUGUAAAGGCGAAGGUCAUGACGGUAUUUAAAAAAAAUAAACGAAAUAACUGACUGUGAGUGAAAAUGUUUGGUUUCAAAAACUCUUUGGCGCAAACUGUGAUCAUUAUCGCAUGGAUUUUGGAUAACUACACGUUCGGAAGUGUUUUUGUGAAUAACAUUUUGGUGUUUUCGCUAUGUGUAAGUGUGUUAUUGUCGGUGCUUACGUACGACUAUGACUAUUGGGAGAACCGAGGGGUGUUUUCGCCCCCUGCCUUGCCGAUUGUGGGUCACAUUGGACCCGUAGUGGCGGGAAAGGAGCAAGGAGGCGUAUGUUUUCAGAGGAUUUACAAUGCUUACAAGGAUAAACGGUUUUUCGGUAUCCACCAAUUCUACCGACGCACCCUCGUGAUAUGCGACCCCGAGCUGGUGAGGCGAGUGUGCGUCAACGACUUCGUGCACUUCACCGACCGGGGGUUCUUCUUCGACAAGAAGCUGGACCCCCUCGCCGAGUCGGUGCUGUAUCUGCGGGGGAACGAGUGGAAGAGGCUCCGAGCUAAGAUAUCACCCAUUUUCUCACCUAUCAAACUAAAGGGAAUGCUACCGUUAAUAGAAAACACAGCUAAUGACUUCGUUUUACGAGUAAAGAAACUCGUAAGUACACCAAAUGAGUCUAAUAAUUGUAAACUGUUAAAUAAUAAUAAUAGAUAUUAUAAUAAUAAAUUAAACGAAAAUGAUGAACAUGAAGAAAUUAAUAAACACAAAGUAAAUGGUCAUAAAUUGAAUGAAGAAGUGUACAUACAAGCGGUAAAUGUAAUAAAUGGGCAUAUUGAUGCUGCAGUAAAAUCAAGUGAACAGGAUAACAAAGAAAAUGUAACAUAUACGACAAAAGAUUCAUUUGGACAGAAUAAUUACAAUCAAGAGUAUGGUAAAGAAAAAUUAAAUGGAUUUAACCAAAAACUUACAAAUGACCAUAAUAAUAAUAAAAAUGGAGAUACAGUCAGAGAUAAAUCACAAGAAACAAACAAGAAUGACUAUUCAGAGAAUAACAACAACAUAGAAGAAUAUUCUAGAAUAGUGGAUUCAGACGAGCUAGUGGGCGGAUAUACCGCAGACGCGAUAGUGCCAUGUGCGUUUGGAGUGAAGAGUCAUGUGAUGGAUAACCCAAGUGAUCCCUUCGCAGUAGCUUUGGGCGCGUUCUAUGAAUUGACGUUCGCCAAUAUAUUUGAAAAAACCAUGCGUCACCUGUGGCCUGCUUUCGUCCUAUUCUUCAAAAUACGCAUCAUUCCGAAAAAGACUCACGACUUCUUCUACAACAUUGUCUGCAACGUCAUUAAGGAAAGGCAAAACGGCGCACAGGAGAAGCGUGGCGACUUCAUAGACAUGAUGAUGGCGUUGCAGAGCGAGGACAAAAACAUCAGCGACAAGGAGAACUUCAUUAUCACUGACAUGAUUAUAGCUGCAAAUGCAUUCAUAAUAUUCCUCGGUGGAUACGAGACAACUUCUUCAACGCUGGCUUUCCUGUUUCUUGAGCUGGCCGCGCAUCCGGAAGUACAGGAAAAGAUGAGGGGAGAAAUAAGGGAAGUGCUGGAGAAGCAUGAAGGACGAAUGAGCUCUGAAGCGUUACAGGAUCUGACUUAUAUGGACAUGGUUAUACAAGAGACGCUACGCCUGUAUCCACCGUUUCCUACCAUCCAACGUAUGUGCACAAGAGAAUAUACCAUCCCGGGAACAAGUGUAGUGGUAGAGAGUGGUACCAUCGUCGUGUUUCCUACCAUGGGACUACAUAGAGACGAACUGUACUUUGAAGACGCGUCGAGUUUCAUCCCCGAGCGCUGGCGUGCAGCGACCCCGCCGCCGCCCGGCGUGUACGCGCCCUUCGGUGACGGACCCCGAUAUUGUAUUGGUAAAAGAUUCGCCAUAAUACAGAUGAAGACCUGCCUGGUAAAGCUGCUGCCACACCUGCGCAUAAGCCCCGCGACGCACAAGCCGAGGACGCGACCCUUCGAAGUCGACUUGCGAUCCCCGAUGACCUUGCAUCCAGCUGAUUCUAGAGUUAGAAUCAGUUUAUUAUGAUAGAUGGAAGAGAUAAUUAUUACAAACCGGGUUACCUAUUAGUAUCGAUUUUUUGGCAUAAAAAUAUAGCUAACUACUAGUAAGUACAGUCAGCAAAAAAAGCUUGCACCCGUCCAUAGUCGCUUGUACAGCCGGGUGCAAAUCUAGAUUUGUUGAUGACUGUACUAUUUAUUAAUUAUUACUGUAAUAGAUAUUAUUAUGGUAUUAGGAAGCGAGCGGGAUUUCUUAUUCCUAAGUUUUGUCGAAAAAAUACUAACCAGAUUCGAAAACGAACUAAAAAUUAUCAUUAGACAGUCAGUCAUGUAUGUAUGUAUUGUAUAUACUUUUUGCACCACAAAACACAAAUGACAGGUUACAGAAAAGAAAAUUUAAAAUGGAUAUAAUAUACAUGCGCGAGCGAAGCAAGCGCGAAACUUUAAUCCUAUGAAAUCAAUAAAAUAUGGUUACAUUUCCUUCCGAAUUGGUUUAUUUUAUUGUACCUACAUAUUCUUUGAGAUUUCACAAAAUACUUUCCAAGGUUAGGAAGCUUCCUAAGCCAGCCUGAGACUCGAGUGACCAACAUUCUUAUAUUUUUGUACUUAAUAAGAAAUGUGAAUAGUAAACGGAAAACUGUUAAACUUAUUAGUUUAUAGCAAAAACAAUAGUUGCGAACUGUAAAAAUGUAUAAUUAUUAUUUACCAAUUAAUUACCUACAUAAUAUAAUUAACACAUAACUUGAAUAAAUAUUUCAUUUUCAUUUUCCUAUUAAAUCUUACGAAUUCUUUUUCCCAGAACACAGUAAUUUUGUAAAAUAAUAUAUGUUCAAAAUUCCAUGUCGCCAUAGAUAUUUUAAUCUAUUGUAAGUGAACUGUAUGACGAUAACUGUAUAAUUUUAUAGUGUUUUUAGGAUUAUAAAAAUAAGAAAAUGCUUAAAAUCUUUGAUAUUAUAUGAAUAACGAGACUCCAAAAAUUAGAAUCUUAAUAACAUAAUAUUAUAACUAUUAAGAAAUUAUAAUUUUCACGUGUGUUAAUAAGGGAAAGUUGUGAUAAUUGUUUUUUUUAUUUACUUACAAUAAAGCUGUAAGAAUAAAGGUUUUAAAAACAUG